AUGGAUAGUAAAUUUAAUCGAUACUACAUUAAAAUUCGGACUGUUUUUGAAAUAGAUGCAAAAACAAUCUGCGAAGAACUUACAGAAGCAUUGGAAUCUGACACUUCAUCAUAUUCAAAAGUCAAAAGAUGGGCAAAACAUUUUCGUGAAGAGAGAGGCGAUGUCAUCAAUGAAGACUAUCGAGCUGGUCGUUCAGUUUCAGUACUUACAGAUGAAAAUAUUGAACGUAUUCAACAAGUUAUUGAAGAUAAUCCACAUUCAACUUAUGAUGAUAUUAUAGCUGAGACUUCUCUCUUUUUCAUGGAACAAUAG